GCCAUCAAAGUCUCUUAAUAUAGUUGCAAAAAUAGGAGUGAUGUCCACUUUCGUCGAUUUUCACAUUGACAAUAUGGAAAAUCUGGAAGCGCACACUCGCCUGGAGCAAAAGAAGACGUCGGUGUUGCGACGGCAGCAGCGCGAGCUUCAGAAGCAGAAACGGAAGACUGGAGUUUGCGAGAAGGAGCAGCAGAAACUGGCUGCACGAUGUCUUGAAAUGGAGGAAGAAGAGCGUUUGUCAGCUGUCAUGGAAGCCUGGUAUCGUCGCAAGGGAGAGCAGAAGAGAAUGGAGCUCCAGCGACUUGAAGAAUUGAAGUUAUACAAGUUGAUAUCAGAGACGAGAAAGAAGACGACGGCUUUGGGUGUAUCGGCCUCGACACCCGGUGUAUCAGGGUUACAACGACUGCGUUUACUUGAGGCUCGAAUCAUUGAGAAGGGACUUGCGUUAAAGAAAUCGGACGAGGCCAAACUACGACUGGAUGCACUCCCUGCUAAGCGGAAUAAGCUCACACAAUUGAUGCAUUCUUUUUUCUCUUCUAGUUUUCGAAAGAAAGUUGAGAACGCAGUGUAUCACCAACACUGGGACCGUCUCGUGCCUCUUUUCGAUCCAGCAACCUCGACUUCUGGCAAUCGAAACAUUGAUCUGUUAAACCACGAGAGCGAGAAUGGGUUCACACCUAUACUCGCUGCAAUAUUUAAAGGGAAGCUGAGAGUAUUAAGGCAGCUGCUUGAACUCGGUGCUUCGCCAACCACGGAGACAAAAGCCGGGAUCACUCCAUUGUUAGCCGUUGUAAUGACUGGAGAUGUCGUUGCUCUAAGUAUCCUUGUGGAGUUUAAGGUAGAUUUGAAUUACGAGACGAAGAACCAAGUUAAUGCAGUUCUUCUCGCUGCAGACAAAGGGCGAGAAGAGAUACUUAAGGCGCUGUUAGAGUGUGGAGCGAACGUUGAUGGCGUGAAUAAAACCGAGAGAUCUACACUCAUCCAAGCUGCAAUUUCUGGGAAUACCGAUUUGUUUAGAGUUCUCUUGGCGUAUGGAGCGAGCAAGGAACAUCGAGACCUAGACGGGAAAGCUACGCUAGACUGGGCGGUCCAACUCCGUAAUUCUGUUAUGGUGGCAGCAUUGAACAGCUCCCUACCUAGUGCGAACCUUUUAGCGCAUCUGAAAGCCGAGGAAGAAGAGGAAGACGGGGAAGUAUUAAGCCCGUUGUCGACAAACCGAGUUAUACGACAGAAAGGUAUGGCAGAGAUGGAUAAGGCUAUGCGUAAUAAGGACUUGGAAAGGAUACGAUACCUUUUGUCCUCUGAAGAAUUUCAGCUCAGUCCGAACUAUGAAGAUGCAACUGGGAAUUCUCCUUUAUUAGUGAUUUGCAGUAUCGGAACGUACGCUGAUAUUGUGUAUUGUCUCAAGAACAAUUGCAUCCCCACGCAUCAAAAUCGCGAGGGUGUCAACGCGUUGAUGAUUGUAUGCAAACGUGGAGAUAUCACUAUGAUACAAUUGCUAAUGAAGUGCGGCUGCAAUAUUUUGACUCGAGAUUUCUCCGGACGCGAUGCCUUGUACUACUUGAACGCAUACGACCACCCGGAUCUGGCGAUCAAAUUCACAAACAAACACCUUAAACAACAUAGUGAAGGCAACUCUGGACUAUUACUCGGGAAUAUUGUUUCUCUCGUAAAUUUCAUCGAGGCCGAGUACACAAUUUCACUUGCACAAGCAGAUAUCUCGUUUGAAAGUGACAGUAACUGUGGUUGCCGAUCCAUUGAAGGGACUGACGACGUGAAACCUAUAGAAGAAAACGAGGAGGAUCCUGUAAACGAUCCUAUGGUUCGGAAGUGGAGCAUCCAGCAAGAGAUUUUGAAGCGAGAUCGAAAGCGACGACAACAAUUUAACAAGGAACGAGAGCGUAUUCUAGCCACUAGAGCCCGUGGACGUCGGAAUGGGUUAAUUGCUCCAUUACCGUCCGAUUCAGCGGGGCGACUGAAGUUCCCUACUUGCGACAAUUGUCAACUAAGCAGAGCUCGGAAGCGAUGUAUUUCUUGUGAUCAGGUGUUGUGUGAUAAGUGCCAUGCUCGUCUACAUGAACUAGCUUAUCGCCGACAUCAUCAGUACGAAGAGCUGAGCCCUGAGUUGUACGUGGGGCACGAACUUAAGGAAGUUGUUCAAACUAACCAGGAGAAUUCUCUCCAACGCUCAAUUGUGAAAAGUGCCAAUUGCGUUGCUGAAAUGCGCGCGUUGCUGCUUAGUGAUGGCAUUGUGCCUCCCGUUACGGCGUUGCCACGCUCCGUUGACCCGGAGGUUGAGAAGUAUCAACGUAGGAAAAGAAUCGCGAAGGAGAAAGCGAUCUCACAAAUGCAAAUCGAUGUGCCUGUGGUCGCGGCGAAGCAUGCAGCUCAAGCAGGGGAAGGGACGAUCUUUACGCAACCAGCAGAGCUCGAGCUUGCUGUUUUGUACACAACACAAAAGAAAUACGAGAAGGCUCGAGACCUACUUGAAAAAGUGGAGAAAUUGACUAUAGACUCGCUAGGGAUUCUUCAUCCUACAAUGCUGAAAGUAGCCAUUGGGAAGGCACGGAUCUCCCAGGAGACCGAUGACGUUGAGAGAUGUGCUGGCAUGAUGGAAGACGCAUUGUCACUGUUUGAAAGUGUGUUGCCUCUAGAUCACAAGGACAUUCUCACAGCCACUUCGAUGUUGCUACAAAGCUUGGAUGUAAUGGGGCAUUACCAUAAGGCUGUCUUAACCUGCCGACGCGUAUGCAAUGUCCGUGCACGAGCCCUUCCACCCAUCCACAAGCGUCUGAAAGAAAUCUUCGCGCAAUUGGACGAGUUUAUUUCAAAGCGGGAGACAGUAGAAAUGAGUACGGAAGACCAUAUCACACUGGAGAAGAUCGAGCAGGAUCGAAAACGUAUGGAACAACUCGCUAACGAGAGCGAAAAGCAUCUGGCGAGCUUCAGACGCUUGAUGAUGGAGGAUCCUGAUGGCCUUGCUAGCUUUUUAGCAUUUGCAAGACAAGAAUUCGCUGAGGAUAUGGUUACUUUCUGGAUCUCUAUCGAGGAGUUCAAAGAGGAUGGUAUCGACAGCAAGACACUCCUAUCCAGAGCUGUGAAUAUCUAUCUUACCUACAUCAAGUCUCGCCGUAUUAAGGUCAUCACAGCAGCUCAGCGCAAGAAAAUCAAGAAAGCGAUUACGACUCCAGGCAAAAAGAUGUCCUCAUCCAUUUAUGAUGACUUACAGACACAGAUAUUCGAGCUGGUAUACCAAGGUGUGUAUGUGCGAUAUCUUGCCCAGGCCAAGGGACUAGCGCCGAUGCCAUGUACGUUACCACGUUGAAGCGGCACGUCGUUUCAUGAUCAGUAUCUGUACUCGAGUUGGGUAGCGCUAGCGCAUAAGCCUCGGGCUCAUUACUGGAUUAAACCAACGAUAUGCCGACGAAUCGGACGACACCACCUGAACUACAUACGUCACGGUAUCCUCGCGAAGAUGUCCGGGAUCAUUACACG